CGCCGCCCCGGGGGCGCCCGCCCGACCGCCGGCGCGCGCCGGAGCGGGCGCGGCCUGGCGCCGCCAGGGGCUGGCGCGGGCAUGGGCCAGGCUUGUGUCUGUGGGUUUUUCCCCUCCCGAACGAAGGGCGGCGCGGCGGACGACGCCUCCUCCGCCGUGGUCUCGAUGCCGGCGCUGGACCUGUCGAAGGUGCAGACCGGCGGCUCUGCCAGCUGCAGCCCGGCGGCGCAGGGAGCGGAGCAGCGCCUGUGCAGGCGCCACUCCGCUCCCUGUGCCGUGCGGGCAGGCCUGCCCUCGCUGCGGGCCGCCGCGGGGACCGACCUCGGUCACGCCGCCGCGCCGCCGGCCGGCCGGCCCGGCGGCGGCAGCGCGCUGGAGCCGCUCGGCCCCGCCGACGCUGCUGCCUCUGCCGGGGCCGGCGCGCCGGGGGAGGCCCCGCAGGCCGAGGCCAGCGAGGCCAGCGAGUCCGAACCGGUCAGCGAGUUCACCGUGACCCUCGACAGGACCCAGCCUCAGGGCGGCGCCACGGCCUUGGGCGUCGACAUCGACCUCUCCGACAGGGAGGCGCUGGUCGUCGACAAGGCCUCGGGGGACGUGGUGGAGGCCUGGAACUGCGCCCACCCAGAUUUGGAGAUGAUGGAGGGCGACAGGAUCCUCGCGGUGAACGGCCAGGGUGGUGACGCAGCGCCCCUCACCGAGCUCGCGAGGACCUCGCACGUCGUAGCGAUGCUGGCCCAGCGCCCCGGCGAGUGAGAGCCCGCUCGCGGAGCAAGAUGGAGCAGCAACACAUCUCGCGAACAUAAUUUGUCGGACGUCAGCGCGGAUUUCUUGGACCUGCGCCAGACCCCCUUCGUGGCGCCUCUUGCGCUGCCCCUGGCGCGCUGCGCGCGCCAGAGAGGGGGUCCAGCGCCGCUCCAAGAAGUCCGCGCGGACCUCCGAGAAAUUGUGUAUAUGUCCUUAUUUCCUCUAGAGGAAGGGGCGAGGAGGAGGAGGUGGCGGCGCCAGAGGUCAAGGGAGGAACAAAUACCCUCCGACCCCCAUAGCUGGCGUUUCCUGAACAACCCUGGGCGUUUACUGAACAGCCCUGCCCUGUUCGACACCUUCCUGGGGGGCUUUACUAAGAGGCCUUGUUUGCUGGGGUGCUUCUUACGAGGUUGGUUCGGCGGGGGCGCUCGUGAAGAAACGCGCCGGGGAGGCUUCAGACCCUGGAGGGUUCCUUAUCUGGUGAGGGCGGCGGUGGUAUAUCGACAUGGCCAGGCCUCGAGUGGUGCUCCACCAGGUUCUGAGGCCCCCUUUAUGCUAUCUUUCCCAGCGCUUCCCUCCGAGAGGGAGCGCGCACCCUCGCGGCGACGCCCGCGGGCGCGGCGGGACCCCGCGGGACCCCGAUGGGCCCCCGCGGCGCCACGGCGCGGCGGGGCCCCGGCGCCUUGGGGGCGCGCCUGGGGCAGGCGAGGCGGCUGGCCCCGCCCGUUCACUGAGCGCGGGCCCGCGUCCGCCGGGCGCUUGUUCCCCAGUCGGCACGAUCGGCUACACGUAGGUCGCCGUUUUUUGCGCACGCUCUCGCCGUUCGGCGCGGGCCCCCUUUCACCCCCCCCCCCCUCCCCCUCCC